GAGGGUGUGCUUGCGCCUCAGCUGUGUGUCCGGUAUAAAUACAGUGCGUCCCGGCUUCGGUCCGUCCUCGCAGCAGCUGCAGCUUAGAGUUGAAAGUCAAGUACAUGAUGGCAGCGGCGAAGAAAGUCUGUGUGAUUGGCUCUGGUAACUGGGGCUCUGCCAUUGCCAAGAUUGUGGGAGCCAAUGCAGCCAAGUAUGACAAGUUUGACACCAAAGUGAACAUGUGGGUGUUUGAGGAGACGGUGAACGGUCGUAAGCUCACAGAAAUCAUCAACACAGACCAUGAAAAUGUGAAAUAUCUGCCCGGUCACAAGCUGCCCCCCAAUGUGGUGGCUGUUCCAGACUUGGCUGAGUCCGUGAAAGGAGCCGACAUCCUGAUCUUCGUGGUCCCUCACCAGUUCAUUGUGCGAGUGUGUGACACCAUCAAAGAUCACAUAAAAAAGGAUGCAAUUGGAAUGUCUCUUAUCAAGGGUGUCGAUGCGGGUCCAGAGGGUCUGAAGCUGAUCUCAGAGGUCAUUCGAGGGAAACUGGGCAUCACCAUGACAGUCCUCAUGGGCGCAAAUAUUGCAAAUGAGGUCGCUGAUGAGAAGUUCUGUGAAACAACCAUCGGGUGCAAAGACAAAGAACACAGGUCGUUGCUGAAGGAGCUGAUGCAGACUACCAACUUCCGUGUGACUGUCGUGGAGGAGUCUGAUGUUGUGGAGAUCUGUGGGGCACUCAAGAACAUCGUGGCAGUAGGAGCAGGUUUCUGUGAUGGGCUGGGAUUCGGAGACAAUACCAAGGCAGCAGUGAUUCGUCUCGGCCUGAUGGAGAUGAUUGCCUUUGCCAAGGUUUUCUGCACUAACUGCCCCGUCUCCCCCGCCACCUUCCUGGAGAGCUGCGGCAUCGCCGACCUCAUCACGACCUGCUACGGUGGACGCAACCGCAAGAUUGGAGAGGCAUUUGCCAAAACAGGCAAAACCAUCGAGCAGUUGGAGAACGAGCUGCUGAACGGUCAGAAGCUUCAAGGCCCAGCAACAGCAAGUGAGAUCCACCAGAUCUUGAAGCAGAAAAACAUGGUGGAAAAGUUUCCUCUUUUCACUGCCGUUUAUCAGAUCUGCUUCAAUGGUCACCCCGUCUCAGAGUUCAUCAAGUGCUUGCAAAACCACCCCGAGCACAUGUGAAGGACUGAUGAAUGCAUAGAAGUUUGGACAGACUUUCACACUAGAACUACAGUAUCACACAGGAGUUUAAAGGGGGAAAGGUAGUCCUGACAAACAGAGAAAAGGAAAAAGUGGAGCAGAGUUGCCUUCCACCUGCCUGAGCUGCCUGUCUUGACUUGCUCUUGUUACAUUACUGACAAAGGCACGCAUUUGGUUUCCACUUCUGUCUUUACUGGUUAGUAAAUUGCUGCAUAAAUCUUUUAAGUCUUAAAAGUUUUAAGAA